AUGUCUCAAGCUCACCUCCACGCAUCAGAGCUGUUUAGCGUCAAGGGCCGAGUGGCGGUCAUCACGGGGGGAGGCAGUGGAUUGGGAAGCAUCAUGGCGCGUGCCCUCGCCGUCAACGGAGCUUCCAAGGUCUUCAUCUUGGGCCGCCGCGAAGAGGCCCUUCGAAACACUGCCUCCCAGGGUCCGGAGGGGAUCAUCAUCCCCGUCCAGUGCGAUGUGACUUCCAAAGAGUCGCUCGAUGCCGCAUACAAGUCCAUCGCCGAGAAGACCGACUACGUCGAGGUCCUGUUCGUCAACAGCGGGAUCAACGGCCCAUCGAUGGUGCCAGGCGCCCCCGGCCCCGAUGGCCCGCCCCCCUUAACAGAGGUGCGCGAGAAACUGUAUUCCAUCCCCAUGAGCGAGUUCAACAAAACCAUGGACGUGAACGUCACCGGAGCAUACUAUACCAUCCUGGCCUUCUUGCCACUGCUGGAAGCGGCAAACAAGCGACGCCCCGCUCCACAGCGGGGAGUCUUGACUCCUCCAACGGCCCAGGUGAUUAUUACGAGCUCCAUUGCGGCCUUCAACCGCCGACCCGCGCAUGGUAUUGCGUACAACGUCUCCAAGGCAGCGGUGGACUACCUGACCAAGGCCUGCUCGACGAUGAUGCUGCCGUACCACAUCCGCGUCAAUGGAAUUGCCCCCGGACUCUACUUUUCGGAGAUGUCCCAGAGCUACUUUGGGGGCGAUAGCACUGCUGGAAUCUCCGAGGGCGAGUUCCCAGCCGAAAUUAUCCCGUUAACUCGGUCGGGAGCGAGCAAGACUUUGCGGGGGUCGUCAUUUGGCUUGCGAGCGCUUCCGCGGGGUUCUUGA